AUGAUAUCCCAGCGGACUGCGAGAACUGUGCGUGCAGCAUGCGCCCAAACGUCUCUCCGAACUUAUAGGCACGGACUCUCGAAAUAUCUCCCAUUACACAGCUACAAUCUCCAAAAUGCGAGAGCUAUUUCAACAGCAUCGCAGUUCAUGACAUCUGGCGUGCUAUUAGCCAAACAACCUCACACCCCCAGCAUUUCCUUACAAUCUCCCAUCAAUAGUAGCCAGCGGCUUAAUUCGACGUCAACCAACCCCUCGUCUCCUACUCAAAAAGAAGAAUUCUAUCGGCUUCUUGAUAAGAUAUACGCCAAUCAUGAAGAAUUGGUCCAGCAAAUCGACGAGCUGGAACUCGAAGAUUUGCCUGAAUCAGCCACAAACGAAGACUUAGAUCUUAUAAAAUCCAUUAGUUCUAUUGUUGGAUAUCGAACCCCGGAAGCGUUAGAAGCAGAAGUGAGAGCGGUAUGGGAAAAGCACGGCGUCUUUGUACCACCCGAUGAACUUCAUGAAGACGGACUUAAGCUUUACAGGCGAUUAUACGGCGAGCCAGUUUUCACCAAACCGGAAGAGCCACAGAAAGAGGAAGACCAGAUAUUUAAGGAGAACAAGGAUGGGGAGUGGGAAGAGGUUGAGUUGGGACAAGACCAUCUCUCGACUGAACCACAAGCUGCUGAAAGCGAAUACUUAGUAGGAAUCUCUGAGACUGCUGGCCAUGAAGUAGAUGCGCAGACUACAGAGAGGUCUCGCCAGGUGGCAGCAUCCCUCGGGGCAGAACUAUUCACCGAACCUCCGACAUUCGACAGUGAGGACCCAUUUGUUCGAUCGCACCCGUUUGUGGAUGAGGGCAAAUUUGGUACUAGUCCAAGUAGUGUCACGGCUCCAGCAGCCUCCAUGAUGAGGCCUAUCACUCAAAUGACAGCUGCUUUUUCGAACAAGCACAUUUCUGAGACUGCCCAUAAAAUAUUUGGUGGAGACCAACUACCUGACGCGAUUAGGGUCCUAAAAUCCCUGCCAAAGAAUGCAAUUCCUCUCACAGCGUCGCAAAAGCAAAUGUCCCCGAUAGAAAGUGCCUUGUUCAUGUCAGUAUUAUACCCUGGGAUCUAUGCAUCGGUUUUAAGUGCGCUGGUAGAAACUCGAAAAAGACUUGGGACGAAAUGGAUUCGUGGUCUCAUGUGCAAAGAAGGAGGGCCAAGUAUCCUUGAUGCAAGCGGUGGUGGCGCGGGUGUUUUUGCAUGGAGAGAGGUAUUACGAUCUGAAUGGUCGCUGAUGUACCCGGAUCACCCUGAAGGAAGCCUGGCGACAGGUAAAUCUACCGUUUUAACUGGAUCUGAUACACUACGACAUCGUGUUAGCAGCCUCCUGGAAAACACAACAUUCCUUCCGCGACUUCCGAACUACCUACGCCUCGAGGGAGAAUCCUCCCUUGGCCCCCAGAAACCUGGGAAUCGAAAGAACUAUGAUAUCAUAGUUGCGCCUCAUUCGUUAUUAAAUUUCGAAGAGGACUUUCAAAAAAGAGAUUAUGUUCAAAAUCUGUGGUCCAUGCUAAACCCCGAAGGAGGUAUACUGAUCCUUCUUGAAAAGGGGCACAAGGAGGGUUUUGCGGCAAUCGGAGGUGCCAGGGCCAUGAUAUUAGAACGGCUGAUUAAAUCCCCCAAAGCUCCAGAGGGUUCUGAUUCCGCUUGGGAGACACAACAUGGGCAAGUUGAGAAGAGCAAGGGCAUGAUAGUUGCGCCGUGUACUACUCAUUCUCGAUGUCCGAUGUAUGUCGAGCCCGGAACGAUGAAAAAUCCCAAGCAGUUCUGUCGAUUUGCUCAGCGAUAUGUUAGGCCACACGUAUUGCAGCGUAUCCUUGGAAAUCCAUCCCAUAACCACGAGGAUGCGGAAUUUAGCUACCUUGCUGUCCAACGAGGUAUUGACAGGCGAGAAAUUGAUGGUUUGGUGCAGGAUGAACAUACAACAAACGCAGCCUUCGCCGGGUACGAACAUUCUACUGACGUUGAAGAAACAAGUGCCGGUGGUGCCGGAAAUAAUGUCAUUGAUCCUCUUUCAUGGCCCCGGGUCGUGCUACCUCCCAUCAAACGAAAAGGUCAUGUCUCGAUGGAUUUAUGCACACCAGAAGGGAAAAUAGAGCGCUGGACGGUCCCACGUUCAUUCAGCAAACAAGCAUAUCGAGAUGCUCGCAAGUCUUCAUGGGGAGACUUGUGGCCUCUAGGAGCGAAGACCCGGAUCCAUCGUCCCGUGCGAGCCAUCAAAAUUGAAGAGGCAACUCCUGUGAAGAAGAGGAUAGUAAAGCCGGGAGCGGACUCAAGGCGGAGACGUGCUGCUCUCGAAGACGAUAGCGAAGAAUUCGAAUUAGAUGAAGAGCAGGAAGAAAAGAAACUUGCAGACAGAGUAGCUUCUUACCACGACCGUCGAAUUACCGGGAAGACCAAGAAAGAAAACAAAGUGCCGAAGUGGGCGAGACAGAUGGAAGUGAAACGCGAUCGCAAAUACGGCAAACAGUUAGGCCGUGAAUAA